UCUUAUUUGUAUAUAUUAUUUUUUUGUAUUAAAAUAAAUGUAACUGAAAGAAAAUUUGAAUAAGAUAACACUCGAUCGAUAUCGAUCUAGUGGAGCUAAAUUAUCUGAAGAACAAAAAGAACUGAAAAAGCCGGCGGAACUGGUGGAGCCAGAGGAACUAUCGGUAUCAGUCCUUCUUCAAAGCGGAACCAGGGGAGCCUAGGGAUAGUUGGCGGCUUUUUGUGUGAAAUUUUGCCGUCACCUGUGAUAAACAUGGAGAACGCCCUGUUUACGAACGUCAAGAAGCUGUACGAUCACCAGCUCUACGAAUGCGUAAUCCCUCCGGCCAGCCUGUUGAGCACUCUGCUUCAGAAAGAUCGAAAUAUAGCCACUCUGGAGAUGGAGUACCAGGUGCAGCUUUACUUGGCCAACUCGAACUACAAGGAGCGACACUUUCGGAUAGCUAUGCGGCAACUGGAUGAUCUUUUGUAUCAACGACGCACCAUGAUCCGCUACAAGAACGCCUGCCUGGUGGCCAUUGAGAGUGCCUAUGCUCAGUUCACGGACGUGGAGUUGCGACGGCGCCUGGCCGACUGCUACAAGGAGAUCGGAGAAUUUGCCAAGGCCAUUGCUACGCUCAAUACCAUUCCGGUCAAGUUGAGGACACCGAGAGUUAACCUGAUGCUGGCGCGCCUGCAGCAUCGAGGCCGAGGAUCGGGAACUAUGGGUACUUCCAUAGCCAGUUUAGGCUGUCGCAACAAAAAGGAGGCCAUCUUGGCAUACAAGGAUGUGGUUCGCGAUUGUCCAAUGGCCCUGCAGGCCAUAGAUGCUCUUCUGGAGUUGGGCGUGGAUGGGAAUGAGGUUAACUCGCUGGUUAUGAGUGCCGGCACAACACCCAACAACAUAGACUGGCUUAUUACCUGGAUCAAGGGUCUGGCCCAAUUGUACGACUGCGAUCACAAGGAAGCGGCUCAUACCUUUCUAUCCCUGAACGAUGGAACCCAACUGCGACGUAACGAGCACCUUCUGGUGGCCAUUGGUAAGUGUUAUUACUACCACGGCACCCCCAUCUUGGCGGCCUAUUAUCUCGCCACGGCGGUGGCAAGGAAUCCAAAUAAUAUGGAAGCUGUCGGACUGCUCUCUUUGGCGUAUGACGUCGGAAAAAUGCCUGAAUCCGAACAGGAACGCGAACGUCUCUAUGUCCAGGUGGCCGCCGAACGGGAAUUCACCGCAGGACAUUGGUUCAUCCAUGCCCUGAAGAUGAAUUCGAUUGGAAAGUAUGAGCGUGGCUUGGAUUUCGUGGAACGCUGCUUGGAUAUGGAAUCGCAUCACUUGGAGGGAUUACUUCUGCGGGCGCGAAUGCUCUCCUCGCUGGAACGUUUCACGGAGGCGGUGGUAGCCUAUCGUGUGGUCCAGACAGUGGCACCGUUUCGUUUUGAGAUCUACAAGGGUCUGUUCCAUUGCUAUGUGAGUCUGCGUAGGAUUAAGGAGGCGGAGGCCAUGUGUACGUGGAGUAUACGAUGCUUUCGCAGCUCGCCAAGAAGCUAUACGAUGAUGGGACGCACUCUGUUUCAUUUCUGCAACCGGGAGAAGGUCAAGAUUAGUGCCCGCCGUUUUGCCGAAAAGGCGCUGAAAAUCGAUCCCGACUACGCGCCCGCAGUGGCCCUUCUGGCGGAGAUCUAUAAGGAGGAAGGGGAACUCAAGUCGGCCAUCAAGCUGCUAGAAACUCAUGUGGAACGGGCGCCGUGCGCAGAUCUCUUCCGUAUUCUCGGUGAUAUAAUGAGUAGCGAAAAGCAGUCCAUCAAGGCCUUGGAGUAUUAUUAUUUGGCACUGGGAUUGGAUUCAAAAGACCCCCAAGCCUUGAUGGGUAUCGAAGCCUUGAAGAGUUCUGGGAUUCCCGAUGGCUCAUCCAGUGAUGAUAAGCGUUCCACAUCUAGUUCCAGUUUUGCGGAUACCUCGUCGGCCGGUGGUCAACAGUCCGAACCCGAUUUUGUCCUUAGCGAUAACUAUGUAUCACAGAUCCUCGGUGAUCCAGUCUCAUCGCCGGCCCUAAGUCAGCAUGGAGAUGGCACGGGUGAUAUCGAUGUAGAUGUAGAUGUGGAUGUAGAUGUAGCUGCAGCUGCAGAUGCCGAUGCAGAUCCAAAUGCACAUGCAGCUGAAGAUGCUGAUGCUGAUCGGUUGGUGGAGGGUGAAGUCGAAGCCUCGGACACAAUGACGGAAACCUUGUGGCACGAUGCCGAUACCGAAAUGAAUAACUGAAGUUAUCAUUUUGGUUUUUUGUUUAUUUUAUCCAUGUUGUUACUUGAUCUUGCCAUAUAAAUAUAAUCGUUGUAGCUUUAGACUUAGA